CCCACGUCCAUGUACAAGUUCAUGAUGUGCCUUUUAGUCUCUAUUCCAGGUCGCUUGGAAUCAACACAUUGAAGUUUCCUGCAAUGUCACAGGAAGGCCAUAGAGAACCUGCCUAACUAUGUAUGAGUGUGUGUAUGUAAGAUAUAAAUAUUUAUAUAUAUUUAUUACGUUGUAAAGAAAAAACAGGACUUAUAUUGGUUGUCGGAAUUAUGACUCAGUCUGGCUGUAAUUAUGCUGCUGCUCCGGACAGCAACUAUGGAGAGCUGACAAACUUUGAGCCCUCAGAUUUCUUGAAGUUUGAUGAGUGGACAGAAGAAGAAGAAGAAGAAAAAUCAUUUCUGCUUUGUGUUUCUCCCAACAAUCCUGUUUAUCAAGCUCAUGUAAUGGGUGAGUCAGGCGGAGCUACCGGUUCCCAUGGAGGGCCUAGUGUCGGCGGAGAGGGCAGGGAGAAGAAGGAAGUUAAAGGAAGGGUUGCAUUCAAGACAAAAUCAGAGGUUGAGAUACUAGAUGAUGGGUUCAAGUGGAGGAAGUAUGGCAAGAAGAUGGUCAAGAAUAGCCCAAAUCCAAGCAGAAAUUACUAUCGAUGCUCAGUGGAAGGCUGUCCAGUGAAGAAGAGAGUAGAGAGAGAUAGAGAGGAUCUAACAUAUGUAAUAACAACCUACGAGGGUGUCCACAAUCACCCAUGUUCCUCUUAAGCAUCAACUUUUUACUGUUGCCUUUAGUUGCAUUUUUAAAGAUUAUUUUUAUUAAAAGUUUAAACAAAUCAUCCGAGACUCUAUUUGAUAAAAAUUUUAUUGACCAGC